AUGAACAAGCGUGAUUUGAAAUCGUUGAAAGACGUAUUAGGCAGACAAGGUUUAACCAUGGACGAUUUAUCAUCCCAAAAUGUUUCGGAAACUGGCAUUGAAAGUGUCCAAUCGUUCACAUUUAAUUCUGAAACAAGCCUCGAAGAUGGUUGGUAUGUUGGAUACAAUGUGCAUUAUAAUGGAGUUGGAAUGUCAAACGGAUGCGUAAAUUCUGAAAGUGAGGAAGAGGAAGAAAUUGCAGAAGCUGUUCAAGAAGCAGUUGGUGGAGAAAGCAGUGGUUUCAGCAGUGAUCCACCAUCUGAAGACGAAGCACGGAAAUCAGAUAGCGAAGAAAGUGGCGAAGAUGGUCAAUUGUUAUAUACAUAUGGAGAUUGUAUUCAUUCAACCAAAGAAUUGACUCCAGUUUCGAUAACACUUCAUAGUUCCGAAGGAGUUAAGCAGGUUUUUGAGAAAUUGGAAGUGAGGUAAUGAAUACUUUCAUGAAUUUCCGAAUUUUUUUAAUAUUCAAAUCUCGUUUUCAGUGGAACGAAGCGCAUUCAUAUCACAACACCGAGAAAUGUACUUGAUUCUGAAAAACCGACAACAUCAAAUGGUUAUCAAGCAAUAAAUGUAGGCCAGGGAGGAUCUGAACAGAUGAACUCUCAUAACAGUGGUUUAUCACAUAACUUUGUAAUCAAACUUGAUGAAUCACCGACAGAAAAAAAUAUUCCUAAUUUUGAUUCGAUCUUGCUGGACGACGAAAAGUUAUCACAAAUAUCCAAAGCAAUGACGAAUUUUACACUUCCAACGCCUCCAGGAUGGGAAAAUGUGGAUGAUUCAAAAUUGUUAGAUUUUAUAAAAACUAGAAUAUAA